AUGAACAAACGAUCUUCGGGGAGCAUUUCCGAGGCUCCGGGGCAGGCUGCAGCCUCGACCCUCCCUCAGGCUAUUCCUCCGCCCCAAACUCCUCAAUCUCAAGGCUCGACAUUGCCACAAGCCAGCCCUGCCUACACGCCAGCACAGACACAAAUGCCACCCAAGACCACUCCAACAAAGUCAACUUUGAAGGCGCUGCCAACUGUGCGAGACCAUACAACCGAUCAGCUCAAUGCAUCCGGCGACGAAUAUCUGCCUCGCGAGAUUGACGAGUUUGGAGAGAAAAAAGUCCAGCAGAAUGGCACACUGAACGGAGGUCGAGAAUACAAGUGUCGAACCUUCCUCGUUCCCAACAGGGGAGAUAAACUGUUCAUGCUUGCCACCGAGUGUGCCAGGGUUCUAGGCUACCGUGACUCGUAUCUUUUGUUUAACAAGAACAGGUCACUAUUCAAGAUUAUUGCUAGCCAGGCAGAAAAGGACGAUUUGGUUGCGCAAGAAAUCCUUCCUUUCUCGUAUCGUUCGAGGCAAAUUGCCAUUGUUACCGCCAGGUCAAUGUUUCGACAAUUUGGAAGCCGCGUGAUUGUCAACGGUCGAAGAGUUCGCGAUGACUAUUGGGAAACCAAGGCUCGGAAACAAGGCUUCACCGAGGCUGACCUAGCUGGCGAAAAGCGCCCCGGUGCUACAAAGGCAAGAGAGGCGGCUGAGGCGCAGCAGAACAAUGUCUUGUUGGCUGGACCUCAUCCAGAGAUUGUGUAUAGCAACAACCCAGGACCGUUCCCCGGCCCCCCGCAGCCGCACCUUGUUCAACCAGACCUCAGCGACUCCCGGCCGCGCGAUUAUUCGGGAAUCCUCAAAGGCGGACCUCGUCAGGAGAUUACCGGCCCUGCUUACCAAGACCAGACUCGCCCUUCCCCCCUCGGAGAGCUCAAUACCCAAGCCCAUCAUGCCGCAGAUUUUAGCAGGUCAGUUAACCAGCAGCGGGAUAUGCGCAACGACUAUCUCCAGGGUAUUUGGCGACGCCCACACGAGCAGCCUCCUUCCAAUCUGACCCAGCAGCCUGUGGCUCCGGCCGAUAGUUCCAAUACUGCAACCAGCCGACCGUCACACUCACCCCAUACCACAGCCACAGCCAUGUCACAGCAGCCUGGAUUGGUAUCCACACAAAGCCCUCAGAUGAUGAUGACCACCGCGCCUUACUCACAGUCUAUCAGCGCGCAGAGCAGUCUUACUCAGGCGCCGAUGAGAGGUAUGGCUCACUCACCAACACAGUCAAACAUCAGGCCAACUCUCCCAGGUUCCACAGGCUCCAUGUCACAAGGAACGCCCGGCUACAACUACCAAUCAGGUCAAAUGUGGCCACAGACUCCUCAGGCGCCUCAGCACAGCUAUGGCAGCUACACUGCUCAGUCCCAAGCUCCUCACCCCUCGCAGUCACCCUCUUCACAUCUGCGUCAGUCUAGUUCUGGCCAGAUGCAGAGUAUGCAAUUCCCCGGCAUGGCUGGUAUGCAGUACGGUGCGGGACAAAGCAUGUACCCCACGGAUCAAACUCCCCGGCAAUACAUGCCUCAAGGAGGACCCGGGGCGCCUUCGGUAUCUCAGGGAUGGUCUGGUCAGCAUUCACCAGCCCAGCAAUGGUGGACUCCUGGGCAGCAGCCUCAAUAA